UGGAUCACAUGUAUGAAGGGGGGAAAGGUUCAGGAUGUGCCAUCACAUCAUGAUAGUGGUUAUUUUAUAAAAUCAGGACCAGUUGAGCGACAACUGAAUGGCCAGUGGCACUCCCUGCAGAUAGACUGGUAUAUGAUCCAUCAGACCAGCUUAGCAGUGUACUGUGAGUUCAUCUCUGUGGCAGGUUGAGCACUCAACUGCACAAUGGCCGACUGGGACUAUGACUAUCUGAUCAAGCUGCUGGCCCUCGGGGACUCGGGGGUGGGAAAGACCACCUUCCUCUACAGGUACACCGACAACAAGUUCAACCGAAAGUUCACCACCACAGUGGGCAUCGACUUCAGGGAAAAGAGAGUGAUGUACACUGGGAAAGGUGCUGAUGGGAUGACUGAGAGGAACUUCAAAGUCCACAUUCAGCUUUGGGACACAGCGGGACAAGAGAGGUUCCGCAGCCUCACCACAGCUUUCUUCAGGGACGCCAUGGGCUUCCUGCUUAUGUUCGACUUGACCAAUGAGCAAAGUUUCGUCAACGUCAGGAACUGGAUGAGUCAGCUACAGGCCAACGCGUACUGUGAUAGUCCAGACAUCGUGUUGGUGGGCACCAAGGCAGACCUUCGGGAUGUGAGGGAUGUUCACGCCAGACAGGCCAGAGAUCUGGCAGACAGAUACGGCAUCCCCUACUUUGAGACGAGUGCAAUGACGGGUGAUGAUGUGGACCAGGCGGUGACCACACUGCUGGAUCUGGUGAUGAAGAGGAUGGAGCAGAGCACUUGCGGAGGCCACAGCUCUGAACCCAACGGCAGCCACGUUGCCAGCAAUGAAGUGGAGGAGGCUCCUGCGAGGGGGAGCUGUGCCUGCUGAUGUUACGACCAGAAGCCACUCGUCCCACGUUUGCACCAAAUAACACUGCAUUUUUAAAAUGCUGCUGUUUUCCAGAGCUUGACUUGGGUGCCUGCUAGGUAAGAUAGGAUCAUAUGAGAUCUUAAAAUCCACUGAAAUAUAAAUCGGGACCAAUUCCCCAUCUUGACAUUUGCUGUGUGUGAUGUUUUAAAAAAAAUGUUAUUCACAGCCUGUAAGAAGUGAGAAAGAGGAGUACAAGACCUAAACAAAUGUAUAUAUUAGGCGAGUAUUGGUAUUGUUGUAAAAAUUGGGGAAAAAAGUAAGUGAUCUUAUUCCAAUGGGUCAUAUCAGAGAAAAAAACUGUUUUUAUUUGACACAUUGAGGCAUUGAUGGAAGGAAUAUGCAGGCACAUAACGUAUAUUUAUCAUGGAGUAUAAUCCAAAAACAUUUAAGACAUGGUUACAUUUCUUAUAUGGAUGAUAGUUUUUGUUAGAACAACCAAGAUAGCAAAGUCACUUAUAUAUGAUUAUACAUAUGAUUUAUGACUUUUAUACGACAUGUACAUAAGCAGCCAAGCUUUUUUAUGCAUCGUGGAACAAAGUUGCCAUGCAGAUCGAACACAAGUACAAGAAUGUUAAAGGGUUGUUGGAAUGAAAGCCUGUAUAGUGCUGCGUUUGGAAUAAAGACAUUUUAUGUUUAUGUACAUGUCACUGUCUUGUCACUUAAA